UGGCGGUUGAGGGUGGUGGUCGGAUCUUUCCCCCUCCAAAACCCACCCUCUCAUCUUUAAUUGGAAUCAGAAUCAUUUUACACAGGCUUUGCUGCUGAAACAAACAAAGCUAGAAAUAAACAUAUACAUAUCGGACCGUAAGUGCACUUAAUUGAUAGCAAGAAGGACCAGUAGUGCACCAUGGAAAAGAAUGGGGAUCGUUUUGUGUCUGUACUAAAAUAUAACGACUAUUUUAGACACUUUAUGGGAAUGUGCAACAGUAUUUAAAUAUCCCAGUAACACACACACACACACACCUGUGAAACUCUAUUUUAACCAUAAGAUGGGGCUCAGAUUGCACACACUCUCUCUACACUUCUCGUCUAUUACAACAACCGGGACGUUGAAGUCUAGAGAUUGCAGUGCCUUGUGUACAAACAUUUAUCCAACUGUUUCUACCAAGUCAAAAGAAUCUGCUAGCAGAGUGCUCAAGGUAUCUUCCGCGCUUGCAGAAACAGCAGCAUCUGUUGCAGUGGCUGCUACAGUUGUGGGGGCUGCAGCAACUAUUCUUGUAAGGAGAAAUAAAGCUUCCAAAGCAGUUGAGGCCCUGCCGAGAAUAUGUGAGGACUGUGGUGGCUCUGGAGUUUGUGUAGAAUGCAGAGGGGAAGGAUUUGUGCUAAGAAAGAUGUCCGAUGAAAAUGCAGAGAGAUUAAGACUGAUGGCAAAGAAUGCAGCUACCAGAUAUACAGCAGGGCUUCCCAAAAAGUGGAGCUACUGUAUGAAAUGCAAUGCUGCCCGAUCCUGUAGCUCAUGUGGCGGUGUUGGCAAGUUGUAGUACUAAUUGUUCAAUUUUCCAUAUGAAACUUUAUCCAGUUGUGUCACGGUUUGUUCAUCUGAAAAACUUUGUCCAUUGUUCUUUUCGAACAUAGUCUUCAUGUCAUUGUGGUAGAGAUUUAUGUCCAUUUUCAAAAUCGUCUGAGUUACCACGUCCUGAUUUCGGUGGCCGCUGCUGCCGCCGCCAGAAGGCAGACGCUGCAGGAUUCCAGUGGCCACCCGCAUCAUCAUUACUGCAGCCGCCACGUUGUGCAGCCACAUGCUGACGAAGAAUGUGGUGGCACAGAUCCCGAGGAGGAGUGGUGGGUUGAGUGGGUCCCCUCAGAAUAAUAGUGUGAUCUGUAAUUAAGCAUAUAUAUAUGGACCAUUAAUGUAUUAAUGUUAAAUAAUUAAAGCAAAAUAUUAAACUUAAUUGU